AUGGUUCGCAUUAUUCCAAACCGUCUCAAAUCAUCCAGCAACUCCUUAGCAACUAGCAGAAGCGCAAGUCCAAUGCGAAGCAAGGGCGAUUCAGCAAGCCCCGAGGGGCGCAGAGACACGGGCUUGGUUCUGGAUGUCAAGAUCAUACAGGCCAGAAACCUUGCGGCAAAGGAUCGAGGAGGAACAUCAGACCCUUAUCUCGUAUUGACCCUGGGCGAUGCCAAAUACACAACCUCCACGAUACCAAAGACUCUCGACCCGAUCUGGAACGAGCACUACCAGUUUCCCAUCAAUGGCACGACAAGCCUCACUCUCGCCGCUAUUUGCUGGGACAAGGAUCGCUUCGGAAAAGAUUACCUGGGCGAGUUCGAGCUUGCCCUUGACGAGGCCUUCGCCGAGGAUGGCAUCACCGAUCUUGGGCCAAGCUGGUUCCCCCUCAAGAGCAAAAGGACCGGAAAGAAGAGCAGCUUCGUGUCAGGCGAGGUGGAGCUGCAAUUGACCAUCGUCGACAACUCGAACCCCGAAGCCACCCCCAGAGAGCUCUACGAUCAGUUCAUUUCCGUCACCAAGAACGCAUACGAAUUUACCAAUGGCGAUAGCGACACCUUGGGCAUCGUCUACCUCGAAAUUGGAAAGAUCACCGACUUGCCUCCCGAGCGCAACGUAACCAAGACUGGCUUCGAUAUGGACCCCUUCGUCGUCAUCUCGCUCGGCAGACAGACCUUCCCGCACCAAGACGAUCCGACACAACCUCAAUCCCGUAUAUAA